AGGGCUCCAUGGGGCAACGAACAACAUGGCCGCCUCUUAGAAGCGAAUGGCGAGGGAAAGGGAAAAAUAGUUUUUAUUCCUUCAUAUUGAAGCGAUUUCCCACCAGUUUACAAGUCCAAAGUGACCAGACCAGCCCCAUCCCAUAAAAAGUCCCGAAUUUAGCGGGGCUCCGUCGUGCCUUUAGAAAUAACUUGUCAAUUGGGUGCAAAUGACCCCCUCCCCCCCAAAAAAAAAGGUUUAUAUGUACCAAAACUUAUUUUAACUCAAAAACUAUGUUCGCCAGGACAGUGAGACAGAUCAGUGGUGUGGCGAGGAAUUCUAGGAUGCAAGGGUGUGCUGCCUGCCUCCGGAGGCAAUUCGGUAUAAAGCCUGUUGAACAUAAGAGGUUUCCCCUUCGCUAUCUCGGGCAGCCCAGCCCCUUCACACACCCUCAUCUCCUUAAAGCAGAUGAGGUGACCCCAGGAUUGACGCAGACAGAAUACGCCCUGCGUCGUCACAAGCUGAUGAGCCUCGUCCGGCAAAAGGCCGAGACCCUCGGAUCAUCCGAGCAGGCGGUCAUUGUCCUGUCCAAUCCCACCUACUACAUGACGAAUGACAUCCCCUUCCCCUUCCACCAGAACACCAACUUCCUCUACCUCUGCGGCUUUCAGGAGCCUGACAGUAUCCUGUUGCUGCACAGCCACCCCGGGAGCAGCCUGGCUUCCCACAGAGCCGUGCUCUUUGUCCCCAGGAGGGACCGGAGCCGGGAGCUGUGGGACGGGCCGCGGUCCGGGGUUGACGGGGCGGUUGCUCUGACUGGGGUGGAAGAGGCUCACAACACCGAGGACUUCAGAAACUACGUACAGAAAUUUAAAGAGGAGGGCUGCACCGUGUGGUACGACCAGGAAUCGGUCGCUCACCCGAAGCUGCACCAGGAUUACCUGGAGCCUCUGGUGCGGGUCAAGAGCAGCAGCGAGAACCGGAUCCAGCCCGUGAGGACCCUCAUCCAGUCUCUACGGCUCGUCAAGUCAGCCGCCGAGGUCAGGUUGUUGACCACAGCUGCAGGGAUCACCUCAGAGGCUUUCAUCAAUACAAUGGCUUCUUCCAAGGUACCAGUCGAAGAGUCCUAUCUGUACGCAAAGUUUGACUUUGAAUGCCGGGCUGGAGGGGCGGAUUUCCUGGCUUACCCACCGGUGGUUGCUGGGGGCAACCGGUCUAACGUGCUGCACUAUGUGAAAAACAACCAGACGAUUAAGGACGGAGAGAUGGUGCUUCUGGAUGGCGGCUGCGAGUACUUUGGUUACGUCAGUGAUGUGACUCGCACCUGGCCCAUAAAUGGCAGGUUUACUGGGCCACAGUCGGAGCUAUACCAGGCUGUCCUUGAUGUUCAGAAGUCCUGCCUGAGUCUCUGUAUGCCUGGCAUCACCCUGGAUGGUAUCUAUGCCUACAUGCUCGCCCUGAUCAGUAAGAAACUCAGCGAGCUGGGCAUUGCGAAUGCUGGCUCCAAGCAACUGGAUGUCUACAAGGGCGCUCGCAAGCUGUGUCCACAUCACGUGGGCCACUACCUGGGAAUGGAUGUGCACGACACACCAGACAUGCCCCGCUCCGUGCCACUGCAGCCGGGGAUGGUGCUGACCAUUGAACCAGGGAUCUACAUCCCGGAAGACGAAAUGUCCGUCCCGCAGAAAUUCAGAGGUUUGGGAGUGAGGAUCGAGGACGAUGUGUUGGUGACGGAAGAGGGACCGGUCGUUCUCUCUGCGUCGUGUCCCAAGGAGCUGCUGGACAUCCAGGAGAUCUGUCUGCGGAGCUAGUGGAGUGUCCCAUUCCCAGGCACUCUCCUCACUCGCUCUCAAUGGUGCAAAACUCCGAUCCAGGCUGUCGUUGGAGUCCUGUAGCGUAUUGGUUAGCGCUCUGCUCGCUAGCGAAAGGACUUGACUUUGAUUCCUGGGCAGGUCAGGGCGAAACCUUAGGCAAAUUUCCUUACACACGUCUCUGUUUACCCAGCAGUAAGCAGAAGCCCGGUUGUUUGUCGAUUGGCUCUCCCGGGGGGGGUAAUAAUCCCUCCAAAAAACAAUAUACAUGGUGACUCAAUCCACGACUGUUCGUGGGACACUGCCGGCUGGCGCCACUGUAAUAAAAGGGACAAUAAAAUGACAUUUUAUUGGAUAAAAGGAAAUAACAAGAAAUUCCCGAGAAAACAAUACGAAAAAAUUAUUUAUAAGGUGACACGGUUUUCGUGGGGUUCAAAUCGUUACGUAUUCUUCUAAUAAAACCUAUUAAAAUGGAACGAA